AUGGACUCGCCGGCGUGGAUGUUCACGAAGGCGUUGAGCCAUAGACAGAAAGUCACCCGUCUCUACAAACGUUGCCUUCGCGAAGUGGACAACUGGUAUGGUGGAAACAAUCUGGAAGUCCGAUUCCAAAAAUGCAUCAUCCGUGCUCGCUUCGACGCCAACAAAGACGAGAUCGACACUCGCAAGAGCCAAAUCCUUUUGGCUGACGGAUGUCGUCAACUGUGGGAGAAGCGUCACUUCAAACCAUUCCGCUUCGCUCUUGACCCAGGAGGCUCCAGCUACGAUCGUGAGCGUGAGUCGCCAGACGAGAUUGUCGAUUCGGAUCAAUGGACACUGGCCGAGCGUGAGCAAUUCCCGUACUACUUCAACACUCGUGAGCAGAGAAAGAAGGAGUUGCUGGCUCACUGGGCCAAGAUCGAGAAGGCUUGGGAUGAGGAGAUCGCAGCGAUUCAAACUCAACUUCCGGCUGCCGCCCCAACUGUUUCGAAAUAA